CAACAUCUCAUAAUUUAGAGCAAAGCAGGAGUUGGACAUCACUGACUUUUUUCCAGCGAACCCAAAGCAGCAUCAAGAGCUAAAUCCAGCUGAACUAAGUAAUAUUUAGAGAACUGCUGAGUCGAGGAAACAGCUGAAUGAUGAGUGCUGCUCAGAGUCAAAUAACACUGGUGUCCAAACUGCAGGGCCUGCAGUGCCACUUCACCUGGGAUCUGGACACCAGCAGGGCCAAACUUUUACGUUUCAGGGAAAGGUUAGAGGAUUUUGGCACCGAGGACGGACACAGCUGGCUGGGUCACAUUUACAACCUGCGGGGGUUCAUUGAAUACAAGCUGGGAUUUACUGAAGAAGCCCAGAGUUUCUUCAACAAGGCUACAGAGGCCUUCUGCCAGAUAAGAAAUGCAGAUGAGGGUCCCUGGUUAGUGGUGAACUACGGGAACCUGGCUUGGCUGCACCACCACCUGGGAGACCCAGCAGAGAGUGAGGCUUACCUGACAAAGGUCGACGCCCUGAUGAAUGAAUAUCCAUCUCCAUCCCAGGACAAGCUCCACCCAGAGAUCUGCGCUGAAAAAGCCUGGACUCUCAUAAGGUUUAGCACAGAUAAAAUGCCGCUGGCUCUAGAUUACUUCCUGAAGGCCAUCGAGAUGCAGCCGGACAUGGUGGAGUGGAACACCUGCCAUAUCUUAGGGUUAAUGUUUGCUUCAGAGCACAGCAGCACAGAGCAGGGGGCUGACAUCUUGGAGAAAAUGAGAAUUGCCAAAGAAAAGGAUCCAGAGAACUUGUACCUCGCAGUUCACUACCUCAACCAAUGUGCUAAGAAAGGAGAAAGAAUUGAAGAUGAAGCACGUGAGCUAGCCAGGGAGGUUUUGAGAAAUCCUGUCAGCAGCUACAGUGGUAUUAAACCAUUACUUAGCGUUUAUAGAAAGUAUUUAUCUGUUGAUGAGGCCAUUGAUUUGUCAGAGGAGGUUCUUGAAAACCAUCCAGAUGAGCGUUAUCUGAAGGGAUGUGCUGCACUCUGCUACAGAUGGAAGAUCUUUGACAAUGACAGUCUUCCAACACAAAGCCUGAUGGAUAGAGCAAUCAGUCUCCAUGAAGAGAUGAUUUCUCUUUACCCUCGUUCCUCACUUAAGAAGAAAAUAGACCUUGCACAUAUAUAUGUAAAGUCAACUAAUGGCCUAGCUAAAGCUGAGCAGAUAUACCAGGAACUGCUAGAAAGGGAUCUUGAACCUGUAGACAAACAGAUGCUUUACUUCAACUACGCACAACAUUUAAACUUCAAUGGACAGGAUCGCAACAGGUCACUCAGAUAUUACAUGCAGGUGUUAGAGAUACGGCAACAAUCCAUCUUUCGUGAGAAAAGCAUCAAAGUUCUGGUGAACAUUAGAGACAGAGGCAGGGACAGAAUGUGUAGAGAAAUAGAGGAGUUUCUGGAAAACCUGCAAGAGCCAUAGUGUUUUUAACAGCACUGGUUCUGAAUCCAGAACAAAUAUAGGUAUUGCAUUAGCAAUAACAUCUGUAUAUACUUAUUAUUUUGAUUACUUACACGUUAAUUAAGUUGCACGUUUUUUCUCUCUUGGCCGUGUGGUCCAGAAGGCAGCAACACACACACUCGGAACAUGUAAUAUACGAUCAACUCAUUGUUGGUUUUAGUCUAUAAAUGGCUAACAAACAAAAGAACCUGUAUAUUUUGAGCUGUCUCCUUUUAAGGCAGGUUUCAACAAGUGUUCAUUGAAGACAACACAUAUCUAAAUACCUAUACAUUAGCACUGAAAAACUGCCAGCUGUAGUACACAAGUACAAAUGUGUUGUAAAUGUUAGUGAAUAAUAAAACUUGGAUUUGUAAUGCAGCUUAAUUUGUUCUAUCACCUGAAUUACAGCCAAAUGCAACUGAUUGUUUUCAUGUAUGUAAGCUGUGUCUCAGUUGUACACUCUAUAAAUACUAUGAAAUAUACAUUACUAAGACAUUCUGUUGGACGUCAACCAAACUACAACUUUUAAAGCUACUGCCAACAUUAUAUUUGAAAACCUUUAGAGAAGCAAAACAUUAGUUAAUUCAUCGUUUUCCAAAAACUAAAAUCACAGUAACACUGAAUUUUAUGUUUGAGAUUUCAGAAUAAUUCCUUGGAAAUAAUAAUUUGGUACUAAUUACAGGGGAAAACAGUAAUUUCCUCAAAAGAAAUGCUGAAGUUUUUCCCAAGUAAAGAUGAAUUCAUUUAUUGAUUGAUGAUUGAAAACUUUAUUGGAUCCUUGUUUAAUAACAUAAUUUCCCAAAGACAAAGUAUAAAUGUUUGCAUGUUCAGCCGACCUUUUGGCAAUAUAGUGUAACAUGAAACCCAUAGACUGUUGAAAACACAGCUGUAAUAUUUGUAUCAUGUCUUAUUUUACUUGGCAAAGUUCCUUGUAAAUAAAAUCCCAGGAGCAUCAUGUCA